AGGUAAAGGGCUGUACUGUGUACCUGUAGCUGUUUAAGAAAGGCACACUCCCUGUAUUUUCUAACAACUGAAACCAUUGCAGUGCUGUUUUAAGGGGAUUUGUUGAGUUCACAGAAAACUAGUAGCUCCUACUGAAGAAAAUCCUAUUUUCUUAUGUGGGCUAGAUGGGUGAAAAAUAUAAGGAAGGACAUCAUGCUUUGCUCAACACAGGGGAGGAAAAUGAAAUGGAUAUAUUUGGAUACAAAACCAAUACCUUUCGGAAAGUACUAUGCAUCUUUGGAUACAUAUUCACCCUUGGGUUCCUUAUGCUUUUUUUCUAUUGGAAGCCAGAAUGGCAUGUUUGGGCUCACUGUGUCCCAUCUUCUUUGGAAGAAGCCGAUGUUGUAUUACUCAGAACGACAGAUGAAUUUAAAGAACAUAACUGGAAGAAGGUGAUGUGGUUACAGUUAACUGAGUCUGAAUUCAACUCCUACAGUGCUGUAACAUUAGAUACAAAGUCUGUCAUUGACAAAGCAAUUUUAAGGCCACAGUUAAAGGUGAGAUAUAUACAGGUGCAAAAAAUUCGCUACCUCUGGGAUAAUUGUGCAAAGCAAUUUACAAAAGCUGGAGUCCUGGAUGAUCGUAACACAUGUGCAGCUGUGCAUGCAAAGUAUGGCUCUGGUUUUUCAAAAGAGGAACAGGAUGUCAGGAGACUUAUAUGUGGACAAAACAUAAUUGAUGUUGGUAUUGUUCCAAUAUGGAAAUUGCUUUUUAAAGAGGUCUUGAACCCAUUCUAUGUUUUCCAACUUUUCAGUGUGUGUCUUUGGUUUGCUGAAGAAUAUAUUGAAUAUUCUGUUGCAAUUAUAUUGAUGUCACUAAUUUGCAUAAUUUUGUCCGUGUACACGCUGAGGCAGCAAUCAAUAAAACUGCACAGACUAGUUGAAUCUCAUAAUAACAUCUUGGUUUCUGUGUACGGCAAACACAAAGGUGUUAUUGAGGAAGAGUCCCGGCAUCUGGCUCCCGGGGACAUCAUUGUUAUAAAAAGAAACACUAUUUUACCAUGUGAUGCUUUGCUUAUUAACGGGGGAUGCAUUGUAAAUGAGAGCAUGCUUACAGGUGAAAGUAUUCCUGUUACUAAGACUCCCCUGCCAAAAUCAGAUGAUACUGAGCCAUGGAAGGUUCAUAGUGUAAAUGACUACAAGCGACACAUUCUUUUCUGUGGGACUGAAGUCAUCCAGAGCAGAGCUUCCGACCAAAACCUAGUUAAAGCUGUUGUAAUGAGAACAGGUUUUAAUACAGCGAAAGGUGAUUUGGUUCGAUCCAUUCUUUACCCGAAGCCUGUGAAUUAUAAACUGUACAGAGAUGCUUUGAUAUUCCUCUGCAGCCUUAUUGGACUUUCACUCAUAGGAAUGAUCUAUGCUGUCUGUGUGUUUGCUAUAGAUGGGCAAGAAGCCGGAGAAGUUGUGAAAAAGGCCCUUGAUGUUAUCACCAUUGCAGUUCCACCUGCCCUACCUGCAGCUCUCACAGCAGGAAUAAUUUAUGCACAAAAAAGACUUGAAAAUGCUGGAAUCUUCUGCAUCAGUCCCCAAAGGAUCAACCUAUGUGGAACUCUAAACCUUUUCUGCUUUGAUAAGACUGGCACUUUAACAGAAGAUGGGCUGGAUCUCUGGGGUCUAGUACCUUCAAAUGGAUAUCGUUUUCAGGAUGUAAUCAUGUUUUUGGCUGACACCUCCUUACCCUGGGGACCUCUGCUUGGAGCAAUGGCCUCUUGUCACUCACUAAUUGUGUUGGAUGGAAAAAUUCAAGGAGACCCACUAGACCUUAAGAUGUUUGAAUUUACCUGCUGGGAUAUAGAAGACUCACAGGAAGAUAACAAUGAAGAAUCAGCUCAAUCGGUUAUUAUGAAACCAGGACCUAAUGCAAACCAGGUCCCAGUUGAAGGAAUAGCUGUUCUACAGCAGUUUCCAUUUUCCUCAGCGCUGCAGCGCAUGUCUGUUAUCACACAGAUACUAAAUGGUGAUGAACGUGCUGUCUACAUGAAGGGUGCCCCAGAGAUGGUAGCCUCAUUUUGCAAAGCAGAUACAGUACCCCUUAACUUUGCCGAAGAACUGGAGCUUUAUACAAAGCAGGGAUUCAGGGUUAUUGGAUUGGCUUAUAAGAUACUUGAAAGAAAUAUUCAGCUGGGCAGCUUAAAGAGGGAUGAUGUGGAAUCCAAUCUCACUUUCCUUGGUCUUUUGGUGCUGGAAAACCGGCUGAAGUUGGAGACCAGGCCUGUCUUGAAUGAACUUACUAGUUCCAGGAUCAGAACAGUAAUGAUAACAGGAGACAAUCUUCAGACAGCUGUAACUGUUGCCAAAAACUCUGGGAUGAUACGAGAGGGUAGCAAUGUUAUUAUAGUUGAUGCUAUGGAACCAAGUGAAUCUAAUCCUGCGACUAUAACAUGGACUCUAGUUCAGGGGAAAAACCCAAAGAACUAUGAUAUUAUGGAAAUAGCACUGGAAAAAAUUUCAGGAUCAGCAGAAGAAAAACCUGCUUACCAUUUUGCAAUGACUGGAAGUUCAUACCAAGUAGUUUUGAUACAUUUCACCAACUUGCUUCAAAAGGUGCUGAUAAAUGGAACAAUAUUUGCUCGGAUGUCUCCUGGGCAUAAAUCAAGUCUUGUUGAAGAAUUUCAAAAAUUAGGUUACUACGUUGGAAUGUGCGGUGAUGGAGCUAAUGACUGUGGAGCAUUGAAAAUGGCUCAUGUUGGAAUUUCUUUAUCUGAACAAGAGGCCUCUGUAGCUUCUCCAUUCACAUCAAAAACUCCAAAUAUUGAGUGUGUCCCACAGCUUAUAAAGGAAGGAAGAGCUGCUCUUAUUACUUCAUUCUGUGUGUUCAAAUAUAUGGCCCUUUACAGCAUGAUACAGUACAUUGGUGUGCUGCUUCUCUACUGGCAAAAAAAUACCUAUUCAAACUACGAGUUCCUCUUUCAAGAUUUAGGCAUCACCACUAUAAUAAGUGUGACAAUGAGUCUGAACCAUGCAUAUCCCAAAUUGGCUCCAUACAGGCCUCCGGCUCAACUUAUCUCUCCUCCUCUGCUACUGUCUGUGGUAUUAAAUAUUAUACUCAGCCUAGCAAUGCAAAUAUGUGGCUUCCUCAUUGUCCAACAUCAGAGUUGGUAUGGAUCCAGAAACUUUAAUAGUGGCUGUUAUCUCGACAAUACCAGUAGUAUUAAUGAAACAGAACCUUUGGAAGACACUAGCGGAGAAUUCAGAUCUUAUGAGAACACCACAGUCUGGCUGAUGGGUACCCUAAACUGUCUCAUUGUGGCACUUGUAUUCUCUAAAGGAAAGCCAUUCCGAAGGCCCAUAUAUACCAAUUAUAUAUUUGUCAUUGUUAUUUUGGUUCAGACAGCAGUUUGCCUUUUUAUGCUCUUUGCGGAUAUUCAGAACUUGUACAUAGCUAUGGAACUUGUCUGUACCCCUCUCAUUUGGAGAGGUUCAAUAGUAAUAAUGCUCCUCAUAGUACUUGUCAUUUCCUACAUUUUAGAGGAGGCUAUAAUUGAAAAUAGACGACUCUGGAACAUGUUGAAAAGAUUGUUUAAAUAUAGGUCAAAGAGCCCAUACAAAAAGCUACAAUACUUAUUAGCAAAAGAUUCCGAUUGGCCGGCACUCAACAGAAAAGAUCACGCAGACUCUGUGACCCUAGACAUGAUUAGUCAAAAGGGAGUUUACAUUAAUCCAGCGUUUGAAAGCAACGAGGAGUCUUGACACUGAAAACACUUGAAAAGGAAUUAAAUAGGUCAUUUUAAAAAUAAGUACAAAAUAAUAUUUUUUCUAUAUAGAAAUGUUUUAUGAUAUGAAUUUUAAAGCUUCCUUUAGAAUAUUAUUUAAAUAAAAUAUAUUGGGUAA